AUGUUUACGCUGCCGAAGAUUGCCUCGGCCAUGCUGGCGCUGGGGGCGUUUCGCGGCGCCUAUGCUGGCUUCGAUCCUAAUGCCAAAACUAAUGUCGUCGUGUAUUGGGGUCAGAACUCACACGGCCAGGGCUCUGGCCCGGAAGCGCAGCAGAGACUUGGGUACUACUGCAAGAACUACCCGGAGAUAGACGUCAUCCCGUUGGCGUUUGUCACUGUCAUCUCGGACCAGAACGGCCUGCCGCAGAUGAACUUUGCGAACCAAGGUUGCAAUGUCUUCCCGGGGACUAACACGAUGAACUGUCCGGACAUAGCCAACGACAUCCACGUCUGCCAAAACACCUACAACAAAACCAUUCUCCUCUCCUUAGGCGGAGCCACCUACACCCAAGGCGGCUUCAGCUCACCCAGCGCCGCACAGCUCGCAGCACGCAUGCUAUGGCAAACCUUCGGGCCACUCAGCAGCCCAUACACAACAUCACUCCGGCCCUUCAGCACAGCCGCAAUCGACGGCUUCGACCUAGACUUCGAAUCCGCAACCAGCAACAUGAAGCCCUUUGCGGACGAGCUGCGGCGGCUCAUGGACACGCAGCCCGACGGCAAACGGCGCUUCCUAACCGCCGCGCCGCAGUGCCCCUACCCCGACUACGCAGACAAGGACUUCCUCGACGGCGGCUCCCGCGUCGACGCCGUCUUCGUCCAGUUCUACAACAACUACUGCGGCGUCAAUUCCUUCGUCCCGGGCGCCGCCGAGCAGUGGAACUUCAACAUGCACACGUGGGACGACUGGGCGCGGCGUAUCGCCGGCGCGCGCCCCAACGCAAAGGUCCUGGUUGGCGUGCCCGCGAGCAGCACGGCUGCUGGCAGCGGCUAUCUGUCGCCCGACCGCCUGCGCCCCGUGCUGGAGUUCUCGGCGCGCUUCCCGAGUUUUGCCGGCGUCAUGCUCUGGGAUGCGAGCCAGAUGGCGGCGAACGCCCCGUUUGUGCAAAGCGUUAAGAGCGUGUUGGAGGGCGUGAGGGCCGCCGAUGAGAACGCCCAGUUGCCGCUUUGUCGGCCGGAGCAGGGCGCGCAGCAGCAGCAGCAGCAGCAGCAGCAGCAGCCGAUGCUGGAGCCGGCGCCCCAGGGCAGGAACGCGUCGUGGGGGAAGAGGGAGGAGGAUGGGGGGGAGGAGAGUGUGAGGGCGCGGGGGGCACGGGCCGAGGGCGAGUUGGUGUAGGCUUCUGUGAUAGGGGCGGAGAUGUGGAGAUUGAAGGGAGAAGAAGACGAGAAUGAGGAGGAGGUGGUGAUGGUGGUGGUGUCGGUGGGGAGGCCAGCGCGUUUCGAUGCACCCGUUUGUUCACGCCUGCCUUUAUUAUAUACUCGCUCGUUCGUCUCUCUUUCAGGGGACGGCGUUCUCUCCUUUUUUUCUGUCGUUGGCGCCGCUCUGGCUCUUCUCUAUAUAUAUAGGUCUUGCACGGCGCUCUUUCGUUUGAUCUUUUUUACAUGGCUGGCUGGCUGGCUUGCUCACUCGCUCGCUCGCUCGCUUGCUUGCUCGCUUGUGCGUGGUGUUGGCUGCUGGAUGCUGGAUGCUGUCUAUACAUACAUACGCUUAGGAAUAAUUGGG